GCGUGUGUGUGAGAGAGGCCCUUGACAAUGAGAGCGUGUCUGUAUGCGGGUAUGUGUGAGUGUGAAGAUGAUGAAGAUAUUUGCAUACGUGCACACGAGUUGAGAAGGAAAACACGAGCGAAAGAGACACAGGAGAAGAAAGUGGAUGUGCACCAGUAGCGCUGGACUAUCAGAUCAGUAAUGCUGGAUGCAGUCUGCACACGCUGACACAAUCAUGACAGCAGGCGUGGUCUUCGCAUUAUCCUGCAUGGUUUUACUCCAAGCAGUCUCCUCUUGUCCCAAAGAGUGCUCAUGUGACGCUCACUCCAAAGUGGCGGACUGCCGGGGAAAAAGUUUGUACGAUGUUCCUCGCAAACUCCACGAAGACACACUGGAGCUGUACCUCCAAAACAACCGCAUCCGAGGCCUGGGCUCCAUGUUCUUCCGAGAGACGCCGCAACUCCAGAUUCUGGACCUGGCGAACAAUUCCAUCUCAACGCUUUCCCCCAGUGCCCUGUUGGGACUCAGAGGUCUAAAGAUCCUCAGCUUGGCCAAUAACUCCAUCCGGGAGGUGGACCGACGUCUUUUGGUUUCCAUUCGAAAUCUAACUCUCUUGGACUUGUCCUAUAACAGCAUAGGAGGUUUACCCGCAGCUCUCGCUGACAGUUUUCAUCAUCUCACACACCUGUCGCUCCAUCACAACCGGCUGACCAAGCUGGACCGCGUUCACCUGGAGCCUCUUGGAAAUCUGAAAGUUCUUCGUCUGAAGGGCAAUCCCUGGAGGUGUGACUGCCAUCUGAUAGGACUCAAGCUGUGGCUGGAAACAUUUGCCUUCAAAGAUGGAGUGGUUGACGGCAUCACGUGCAUCCAGCCUCACCUCAUGCAGGAGCGAGACCUCCGUCACAUUCCCUACGAGCUCUUCCACUCCUGCAUGAUAACCAGCUACAGCUAUCUGUUCGCCAACAUCCACUAUCUGGACAGCAAACACCGCACACUCGACGGACAUCUUCACCCCAGCUCCAGAGCGCCGGCCGGUGGGGAUUUCAGCCCGCCGGGAGAGUACGCGCUUCCCGACUGCGAGGCCAAGCAGAGACCCCGACCAGUCAACUACAGACACGCCAUAGCCACGGUGGUCAUCACGGGAGUGGUUUGUGGAAUCGUGUUCCUGAUGAUGCUGGCGGCCGCCAUCUACGGAUGCGCAUAUGCAGCUAUUAACGCGAGGUAUCAGAGAGAGCUGAAGAGGAAAGCGACGGAGGCCGACAGAGAGGAGAGGAAGAGCUCUGAGAGAGAUCAGGAGAAAACGCCGCCGGAGUGACAAGCGGGCAGGUCUGUUCACCGCAGCCGGGCAGCUAUUCUAACUGCAUCUACCUGAAAACACAUCUGGAGCCACUGACCCAUGACGUUUCGUAACCGAAAAAUAAAUCAACUCAUGAGAUCCAUCUUCUCCACCGUCUGCUGUGAUGUAAACUCUCGAAACAAAAAGCGAUAUCUGCUGUUCACAACACUGAUAUCUAGUGUUGUUUCUGCAGAGCUCUAGUUAGACCAAAGACACAAAGCGUCAUGUGUGUGUUGGUGGUCAAGCUUUGAGUUCUAUUUUAAGGAACAAAAAAAAUCUGUGAUCUAUUCAGGUAUCAAAUGCUUCAUUUAUUUUUAAAAGAAAGAUAAUCACACACUGAUAGACUCAUUUAUAAAUGUGUGUUUGUGUCCAUGUGUGUUAUGAAUACUGUUGUACUGGUAAUGGAGGCCGUUUACACUGUGAUUUACAGACCUCGCCUGAGCUGUGUUUAAACAGAUGAUCUCACAUCAUACAGCCAAAACACUUCUAUCGUUCACUUCUAUGAAUUUGUGUUCAUGUGAGAUUAUAUUGUCAAACGCAUAUCUUGAGAAUCGAGGAUUAAGCUGACCUUUCAAACACACACACGGUCCUGUUACACAAGAGUGUGUUGUCAUCGGCUCGUCAGCCUGCAUUACAUCUCACACACACAUGCACGUGAAGACUCACAUGUGCUGUGCUGAACAAAAGACUUCCACAAGAGAGUCUUUAGUGAAUUUACACAAAACCAGCACAGCACAUUCAGGUCACUGUAUGAGUAGAAUUAUUUUCAGUAUGUGUGUGUUCAUAUUGAUAUAUAACCGUGUUUAUUACUGUCCCGUAUCACAGAUAUAGACACGUUUUAAUUCAUAGAAUAUAUAAAAUACAGAAUUCAAAAUAUGUUGAUUACUGUAUAUUUGGUAAAAUAUCGAGAAUUUGAGUAGGUAUGGUUGUGUAUGUGUGACAGGGAAUUAUGUGCAGUCGAGGAUGAAAAUCUGCCUGUUCUGCUUCAUUCCUCUGUCAGUUACAGCAUGAAUCAUUUGUGCAUGAGUCAACACGCGUGUGUGUGUGUGUGUGUGUGUGUGUGUGUGUGUGCGCGCACGCGUCCUGGUAAACCCUGCAGUGUGUGGAGCAAAUGUAUGCACAAAGACUUAUAAAACAAACUAAAUAAUGUUUGUUUGAAAAUGUAAAAAUAUAGAAAGGUUUGUGUGAUGGAUUUUAGGGGUACAGUGAGAGUUACAGAAGACAAUAUACUGUUUGUAUGGUAAAAUAACAUUAUUUCUAUGUGUGGGUGUGCGCGCGCGUGUCCUCUGUUCAUGCAAACUCUUCUCAUAUGCUCCAUCAUUUUCUCCUGUUUUGGUUUGUUUAGUAUUAGUGUGUGUAAUUGUUUGGAUGAUAAAACACUUAAGGGCUGCACGAUCAAUCGCGAUUUUCACGAAAUAUCGCGCAUAUCGACCCGUCUAGUGUGAUUAUGAUAUCACAACGGUUUGGAAUAUGUGUUUAUGCGCAGCUUGUUUGUUAAGCACGGCUUUUUGCUCAUUAGGAAGUGCUGUUCCUUCUGAAAUCACUACAAGUUUGAGUCGUUUAUAACGUGCACUUAAAAAAGCAACACCCAUCAAACAUCAUCAUUAUAAAUAUGUGACCCUGGACAACAAAACCAGUUUUAUGGGUAAUUUUUUGAAAUUGAGAUUUUACAUAAUCUGAAAGCUGAAUAAAUAAACUUUCUAUAGAUAUAUGAGUUGUUAAAAUAGGACAAUAUCUGGCUGAGAUACAACCAUUUAAAACUCAGGAAUCUGAGAGCGCAAAAAAAUCAAAAUAUUGAGAAAAUUGCCUUUGAAGUUGUUAAUCAGGGGCACUGUGGCAGACCAUCCACUCACAAAAAUAAAGUUUUUAUAUAUUUAAGGUAGGAAAUUUACAAAAUAUCUUCAUGGAACAUGAUCUUUACUUAAUAUCCUAAUGAUUUUUGGCAUAAAAGAAAAAUCGAUAAUUUUGACCCACACAAUGUAUUUUUGUCUUUUACUAAAAAUGUUCCUGUGCUACUUAAGUUUUGUGAUCCAGGGUCACAUAUAUACUUUAUUAUCAUGAAAAUACCCGAGAAGGCUUGAAAAACAGUGAUCGAAAGAUCCCCAUAGGCAUUUUCUGGAACUACGUGUGGUGUUGUACUUCUUCUGCGGGCCUGCGGCGCUUAUUUGGAGUUUCUGCGCGAAAUCGAACUUCACUGAAGAACAGCGCAAAAAAUCGUAGUAAAUGGCCUAAUCGCAUGCAGUUUAUGAACGAUUUAUCGUGCAGCCUGUUGAUAUUAUUAAACAUUAUUAAAAUAUAUCUCAUUGUACGGUAACAUUGGUUCAGUACUGGUUUACAUACUUCACCUUUUUAAAGAGUCAAUAUUUUGUGAUUUUUAAGGUCCUACUUUGGUUUAUGGAGUGUCCAACAACAAGUUUACAUACAUACAUGGUGUAAAAACCCUUUCAUUUUCUAAUAAUAGGCCGUUAUUGUUACCUUACUUCUUGAGUGACUCUCAAAUGUUUCGUUCGGCGAUUCAUUUGUCUAAUCUCCUCCUUUCUGUCAGCCCACUCUGAUCUGAUUGGUCAGAUGGUCUAGUCUGCUGUGGAACGUCUAGUGUUGCAAAUGGAACGUAGGCGAACAUUACACCGAGUGACGCAAAUCUGACCCAGAACUGAAAUUAGAACGGCAGACGACUCGUUCGCAUGAUUUGUGAGUCGACUCCUUUUUUCCUAAGCCAAUGGCUGCGUCCGAAAUGGCAUACUGUGACAGUAUGUACUGAAUUUGAAUAAGUACCUACCUAUCGGCCGUUAAAACAUUACGUUCUAUAUAGUAUGAGUGGCAGUAGUAUGAAUACAUUUCAGACAUACUGCGUCCGCUAUGUUUUAGGGUCAUGUGACCCUUAUGCUCUUUGACCUAUGAUGUUUUAACAACAACCUAUACGUGAGCGAGCGUUGAUAGAAAACAUAAUUUAGUUACGAGAAAUUCAUUCAUUGGCACUUACAUUAAAAUCGGACGUCCGCCUUAAAGUUUUCCGCAUAUUUAUUUGAUUUACUUUUGAAACUUGACCGUUGCUCAGCUCCUGUGGCAUCACGGGAUAGAGAAGUGUCCAUCCGAUCCACACUCACCAAUCUCUGCAGAAGUAGUAGACCAUCCGGGUAUUUCUCGCCUACUGUUUUUUGCAUACUGAGGUUUCGGACAUACUACUCAUGACUCAUACUCGAUUUCGGAUGCAGCCAAAAACUUUGUUAUUCAUUCACUUUCGGCUCAACUUGGCAGACUGCUCACAUGCACACGCGGCAACAUUACACACUGCGUGAAAUGUCAUUUUAAGGACCUUGUAAUAGUUAGUACUCUAUUAUAUUUAAGAUUCAUUUACAUGAUUGAAGAAUCUGUUUAAAUAACUAUGCAUUUCAUUAUUCAUACUCUUUUUGUAUUAUUGUUGUGAAUAUUAUUUGAUGUGUAAGACUGAAAAGCCAUCAACCAGCACUGUGUGGGACAAUAAAAGAUUUUGAGAAGCAAAUGAGUAGAUUCAUUUGGUCUUCAGCGUGUCACCCGAUAGUAUUUGACUGGUUUCUCACUGAAGAGAAGCAGGUUUGAGGUUGAGAACUUCUGAGAAAACCAGCAGGGGGCGACAAACCUGCGGUCUUGUUUGAAUCCAGAUGCCCGGUAAAGUGACGAGGAAACUAUACAGAAAUAAACGUGCCGUUCUAUGGAUGAGAUGUUAAGUCAAAGUACGGGAUCUCAGAAGACAUGAAAAUAUCCCGUGUGCUACUUCAGAAGUGUGUGAAAGCCUGUGGUAACUGCUGUGAGUUGUGUUGGGAUGUGCUUCAUGCUCUCUUCACAUCAAGCUUCUUUACAGAGACUCCACAUAGCCUGUGUGAUUAUUGUGUGU